UUCCUGAUUGGUCGAACACCGCGUAGGGAAGGUGCAACAGGAUGGCCGAUCUCUCGGCUACUCUCUGCGAGUAACAAUCGAACGGAGCUGUAAAUUUUUCAUGAUUUUCACCGUUUCAAUUGGUUAAAUUCCUCAAACGUAUUCCAUGGUAUUAUUCACGUGUACCAAGAUAACACUCACCAGUAAGCGAGCGUGACGUAUGAAGCGUUGACUCAUACACAAGGAUUACAAGUUCAUGUGUAACUCUCUCGUGAUAGAACUUCGAAUUGUUGAUAUAUUUAUAAUUUUAUUAAUUUUAUAAUCGUCGACGACAGAACUGUGUAUAGAAAUUUUACAAGAUGAACGAGCAAGUGUUACAAGAAUCUUGUGAAAAUGGUUUUAAUUUAGUGUCCGACAAAGAACGAACUAGUAACGAUAAUCAGGAAUCGUCAUCGUCAUCAUCAUCGUCAGAUAUAAUGACGGAUGAAUUACGUGUUUUUCAAGAUAACGAAAUGGUGAAUCUUGUUGCUCAACUCUCGUCAAUUUGCACAAUUUCUUCGGAUAACGAGUCUGAAAAUGCAAGCUGCAACGAGACUGCGGAGACUGACAAUGUUGAGUCAAACUGUACAAAUGUUAAUAAACACGAUACUGUAGAACAUUCACCUCAAUUAAACAAUGUUAACGGAUGUAUCGACAACGAUGACAGAGAUAAGGAUGAUGACAAGCAACAAACAAAUACAAAAGUGAGAUUAAAAGAAAGAAAAGAAUCCAAAAAUCAUAAGAAAUCUAAAGAAGUUAAGAAGACGUUUGAGAAUUAUAUCUCCAAGACAAAAAUUAAAAAACUUUUAAGAACUCAGAAGCCUGACAAUUUGCGAUAUGUAACGGGAAAUAUUCGAAUCAAUCCCACCAAUGCGAAAUACGCAUUCUUGAGCCUAAAAGAUGAGCGUGAUUUAGUGAUCGUCGGAUUAUAUGAUAGAAAUCGUGCUCUUGAAGGAGAUCUAGUUGUAGCAUCUGUAUAUCCUGAAAAAGAUUGGAAAUUAUUUUCUGAUGGAACGGUACAGAAAACUGGCAAAGUUGUCUCUAUACUGAAGAAAAUACAUCCGAGAACAGCAAUUGGAGUUAUGCACAAACAGAAUGUGAAGAAUAAUGCGAUAAUAAUCACUCCGAGAGAUUUUAGAAUACCAAGAGUCAAGAUAUCUCUUAACACUGUUGACUGUUCAUUGUGCAAGCAAUUAACUUGCGAUAAGAUUUUGUUUGUUAGCAUUGAUUCUUGGGAGCAAUUUAUCCCAACGGGUCGAAUACUUAAAAUAGUGGGCGAAGUUAACGAAAUAAAUGCAGAAAUGGAGGCGAUUAUACUUAGCAACAAUUUGGAUAUAUCACCGUAUCCAACAGAUUUGUUACAAGAACUUCCAGACCAAAAUUAUAUUUUAACACGUGACGACAUGAAAGAUAGAGAGGACUGGAGACACGAGUGUGUUUUUACGAUAGACCCCGCAAAUGCCGUUGAUUUAGACGAUGCACUUUCAUGUAAAGUCUUGAGCAAUGGAAACUAUGAAAUUGGGAUUCAUAUAGCGGACGUUACGCAUUACUUAGAGUUUUUCUCUCCGCUAGACAAAGCUGUGUCAAGUAGAGCCACUACUGUUUACAUGCCGUACACAGCUUAUCAAAUGUUACCGGAAGUAUUGUGUAAAAUUUGUUCUUUAUCAUCUGGUAAAGAUAGUUUAACUUUUUCCGUGAUAUACGAAAUGACCCCUUAUGGCGAUGUUGUAAAUUAUCGUUUUGCAAAAACUGUCAUAAGAUCGUGCUGCAAAAUGUCGUACGAGACGGUUCAAGAUAUGAUCGAAAAUCCUGACAAAUCGCGGCCGGAGGAUUUUCUUGAUAUAAAAGGCGAUUACACGUUGUCAAUGAUAUCCGACGCGGUAAACAGAUUGCUCGAAGUAGCUGAAGAACUGGAAGAUAAACGAUUCGCCAACGGCGCUCUCAGAUUGGACUUACCGAAGUUGCGCGCAUGGCUGGACAGUAGUCUGAAGAACAAUCAGGAAAGCAAAUUAUUUCCAAAGUUUUAUCUGGAGGAAACGAAGGAUAGUCACAAACUUGUAAGAGAGAUGAUGUUAUUAACAAACAAGACGGUAGCCACACACUUGUACAAGGCAAUUCCAAAGAAAGCUUUCUUACGUAUACACAGAGAUCCGUCCAAGCGGAGACUUCAGGAAGUUUCAAAUUUAUUGAAACACAUCGGGAUUCAUUUGGACGUCACGACGGCCGGCACCUUAAAUUCUAGCAUCGAUCGAUAUUAUCCCGAAUAUGAUCCAGCGAAUAGCAAUUCCAUGAAUUCUAUUAUAAUGGCUAUUACGAAUAUGUGUUCCAAGUAUAUGAUGCGCGCGGAAUACGUGUGCACAUCUGACAUUUCUUCGUGUGACUUGAGGCACUACGCAUUGAACAUGCCGUUUUACACACAUUUUACUUCUCCUAUUCGGAGAUACGCAGAUUGUAUAGUUCAUCGGUUGCUAUAUGCAACAAUUACGAAUAAACCUCUGCCAAAGGAGUGGACCGCGAAGUUAUGCUCUAAAAUUGCAUUCAAUUGCAAUGUGAAGAAGCAGAGCGCGGAGUUGGCGCAGGAUCAGACCAUAGAAGUAUUGCACGCUUAUGCGAUAGGAUUUGCGGGCAGUUUUGAAGCUAAAGCUAUUGUGAUUUGGUUGGCCGACGAUAAGAUAGAAGUUUUACUGUGUGACACCGCAUUAAAGUUCAAAAUAUUCUUUAAGGACGUAGAAGGAAUUGUUUCCAUUGAUACAGAUUAUACUGUAGAUAACAAUGUAUCGGAUGUAACUCUUAUUUGGAACGGUGAUCCCCCUCGUGAACAGAUAAUUCAUUUGUUUAGUUUCGUAUCGAUAAAAGUGGAGAAAAUCGAUAAAGAAUUACGUUUAAGAGCGACACUUCUGUCGCCGUCAGAAGAGUAGAUCGAAUUGUAUAUAUAUUUUCUUGUAUAUAUAUAAGUUUUAUUCAUUUUUUUAAAUGAAAAUCGAUCAAUCAUUGACCAUUUUACAAGUUUUAAAUAUCUCGACUUCCUGGUAAGAGAUUUUAGGAAUCAUCAUUGUGAACGAAACUUUUUUUAUUGUACCGCAAACUUUUUAAAUCAUUGUAAUGGCUCUUACUAGGGCAAUUUUAAAAAAAAUAAAAUAACAAAAAAUAUA